CCGAUUCUCGAUGACACUGGGUGUGUUACACUCUAAUCGUUCCGGUUGUAAACAGAAAUGUUGAGUGUGCUGAGUUGUGCACUCGGAUCCCAGGAUCUGCCGUUUUUAUUGUAUUUAUUUGUUUACAUGUAGUCGCUGUCCUCAGCGGAAGCCCCACGCGUGAAAUCCUGCUUUCUGGUGGAUAUUUUCUUGUUUCGCUCACCUGGAAAAAGGAGUGCCUACUGCUCAUGCAGCCUGAUCGUUGCCCCGGGGAUCUGCGCUGUGGCUGACCCUGUUGGCCCUAACCGCACAACAGGAUGGCAGACUCUGGGAACCAGUCCUGUCUAGCGGGAGCACAUGACACUGUGUCCUUCAUGGUGUGUUUGUUUGAUAUGUGGGUAGAGUUUGCUGGCCUGGACCAGGUGGAGGACUAUCUGAGCUUUCUGGAGUACCUCUUAUGGGUCUUCACCCCUCUUGUGGUGGUCUUCGUCCUGCCAUUCCUCAUCGUUAUUCUCCUUUACCUCUCAAUACUUUUCCUUCAUGUCUAUAAGAGGAAGAAUCAGCUGAAAGAAGCGUACUGCAACAACCUGUAUGAUGGAGCCAGAAAAACACUGGCCACCCUGUGGGAUGGACAUGGGGCCAUAUGGCAUGGCUAUGAGAUUCACGGCAUGGAGAAGAUCCCUGAUGAAGGACCAGCUCUGAUAGUGUACUAUCAUGGAGCCAUUCCCAUUGACUACUACUACUUCCUGGCCUCCGUUAUUAUUCAGAAAGGAAGAACCUGCCACUCUGUAGCCGACCACUUCCUCUUCAAGAUCCCUGGUUUCAAACCGCUGCUGGAGGUGUUCAGUGUGAUACAUGGUCCUCAAGAGGAGUGUGUGCGUGCUCUGAAGAACGGUCACCUGCUGGGGAUCUCUCCUGGCGGAGUGCGGGAGGCUCUUUUUAGCGAUGAGACCUACCCUCUUCUGUGGGGCAAACGCAAAGGUUUUGCACAGGUUGCCAUUGACUCUCAAGUGCCAGUAAUCCCAAUGUUCACUCAGAAUCUAAGAGAAGGAUUCAGAUCCCUCGGAACAUUAAGACUAUUUCGUUGGUUGUAUGAAAGAUUUCGUCUGCCAAUAGCUCCCGUUUAUGGAGGAUUUCCUGUAAAAUUCCGAACUUUCCUUGGUGAUCCCAUUCCGUAUGACCCUAACACAAGUGCUGAACAACUAGCAGAAAGGGUGCAGCAGGCUGUCCAGUCUCUGAUCGACACACACCAACAGAUCCCAGGAAGCAUCUGGAGAGCUUUGUUAGAGAGGUUCUAUACUAAACACAAAGACCUUUAACAAAAGAGACACUUUUCCAGUUUUGGACCAAAUCCAGCUGUCAGACCUGCUCCUGUGAACUUGUUUUGCCGACGACUGAUGAACUGAACAUGUUCCUACAUCCCUCGAAAUGCAACUACUUUUCUUUACACAUUGAUAGUGUUGUCUGAGAUAUUUAUGUCGAGUGACUUGAUUAUAUAAAUAACAUCACAAAAUGAACAUCACUUUUUAAAUGAGAUUUACGGUUUGAGUUGCAAUAACUGUUAUGUACAGUAACCUUUUUUAAUUGUAUAGACAUGGUGGUGAUAUUUGGGAGAAAUGUAUAAAUCUAUAUGAGUAUUCUUCGACACAUUUGUGCUAUCUUUGGUACAUUCUAGAGCAUAAAGAUGUGGAGAGAACGUUUGACUAUAACUGUACAAAAGAAUAAAAUACAGAACAAAUAUGA